GACGUGUGGGCCAUCGUGAACAACCCCGACGUGCGUCCCGGGGCGCCGCUGGCGGCCGCCUUCGCCGACGACUUCUGGGGCAAGGGCAUGGGCGACAACACCAGCCACAAGUCCUACCGCCCGCUCUGCGUCCUCUCCUUCAAGCUGAAUAUCUUGCUGGCAGGCAUGAACCCCUUCUGUUUCCACGCUGUGAAUGUAGUCCUGCACUGCCUAGUGACGCUGCUGCUGAUGUACACGUGUGACAAAGUCGUUUUCAAGGACAGCCAGCUGGCUUUUAUCACGGCCCUGUUCUUCGCUGUCCAUCCCAUUCACACUGAGGCUGUAACGGGUAUAGUAGGCAGAGCAGAUGUCUUGGCCUGUCUGCUAUUUCUGUUGGCGUUUCUCUCCUAUAAUAGGAGCGUGGAUCAGCUUUAUGUUGGGGAACAUUUCCCUCCGACUGCUUCGCUCUUCUUCUUGCUGCUUAGUUUAUUUCUUGGGACUUGUGCAAUGCUCGUAAAGGAAACGGGGAUCACGGUGUUUGGUGUCUGCUUGGUAUAUGACGGCUUCCUGCUUUCCCAAAACAGACUCAGAUUCAGAAAUGGAGGGGUGCAUCAAAGAAUGGCUCGGCAGCCCGCGGUUUCCCUCCACGCCGCUUCCUUGCAGUUGCCUUCGUCCAGCAGGGAGAAUGGAAAGCACCGCGUGGCUCACAAGGGGACGUGGAACUCCUGCCAUCCUGCGUCACCGAAGGAACAGCGGCACAGCAGCCUCUCUGUCUUGCGGAAAGCUGCAGGGGCUGUGUUUAGGUAUCUGAUUGCAAGUAACAAACAGAAGUUCUUGUAUACCACCAGACCGUUUUUAAAGAGGGCUACCUUGGUACUUACCUAUGUGAUCUUACUUUUGUAUUUUCGUAUCUGGAUAAUGGGAGGUUCCAUGCCAGCGUUUUCAGAACAGGACAAUCCAGCUUCAUUCUCGCCAUAUCUCCUUACAAGGUUUCUAACUUAUUCCUACCUCCUGGCCUUCAACGCUUGGCUUCUUCUGGCUCCUGUCACUCUGUGCUAUGAUUGGCAGGUAGGGAGCAUCCCUUUAGUGGAGUCCAUCUGGGACGUGAGGAAUUUCGCCACCCUUCUCAUGGCGGCGGUGAUGCUGCUGCUUGGUCUACACUGUGCAGCAAUGUUCAAGAAGCUGGAGCACAGAGAAGUUCUGGUUGGCCUGUUGUUCCUGAUUUUUCCCUUCAUACCAGCUAGCAACCUUUUCUUCAGGGUGGGAUUUGUUGUGGCGGAGCGUGUCCUUUAUAUGCCAAGUAUGGGGUACUGCAUCCUUUUGGUUCACGGUUUGAACAAGCUCUGCACGUGGCUAAAUAAAUGGAGAGCCACCGCGACGGCCAUGUCGGUGUUGCUUCUGUUGCUGUUCUCCUGGAAAACCGUGAAGCAGAACGAAAUCUGGUUGUCAAGGGAGUCUCUUUUCAGGUCUGGCGUGCAGACUCUGCCCCACAAUGCCAAGGUGCACUAUAACUAUGCCAAUUUUUUGAAAGACCAAGGUCGCAACAGCGAAGCCAUCUAUCACUACAAAACAGCACUCAAGUUGUACCCUCGCCAUGCAAGUGCUCUGAACAACCUAGGAACAUUGACCAAAGACCUGGUGGAAGCAAAAGAGUAUUACAGACGGGCCCUCCAGUUAAAUCCACAACACAACCGAGCUCUCUUCAAUCUUGGAAAUCUGCUCAAGUCCCAAGGGAAGGAGGACGAAGCCGUUCUCUUGCUGAGAGAUUCCAUUCAGUAUGGACCAGAGUUUGCAGAUGCUUAUUCCAGCCUUGCUUCACUGCUGGCUGAACAGGAUCAAUUAAAAGAUGCAGAGGAAGUAUACCAGGCUGGAAUACGAAAUUGCCCAGAGAGCUCAGAUCUUCAUAACAACUAUGGGGUUUUCUUAGUGGAUACCGGAUCUCCAGAGGCGGCGGUUUCCCACUACCAGAAAGCCAUCCAGCUCAGCCCCAACCAUCACGUGGCCAUGGUGAAUCUGGGCAGGCUUUACCGCUCAUUGGGGCAGAACAGGGAUGCCGAGGCUUGGUACAAACGGGCAUUGAAAGUGGCACGCAACCCCGAAAUCCUGUCGCCCCUUGGAGCUCUGUAUUAUAACACGGGGCGCUACGAAGAUGCCCUCAGGGUUUACAGGGAAGCCGCGGCCCUACAACCAUCCAACAGGGAGACCCGGCUGGCCUUGGCUCAGGUUUUAGCAAUGAUGGGACAGACGAAGGACGCAGAAAAAAUGACCAAUCAUAUCCUGACUGAGGAGGCUGAAUGCCUGGAGUGCUACCGCCUUUUAUCAGCCAUCUACAGCAAGCAGGAGAACUACAACAAGGCACUUGAAGCCAUAGAUAAAGCUCUACAGCUGAAACCAAAGGACCACAAAGUCAUAUCUGAACUCUUCUUCACAAAAGGAAACCAGCUAAGAGAACAAAAUCACCUGGACAAGGCUUUUGAGAGCUAUAAAGCGGCCGUAGACUUCAACCCAGAGCAAGCACAAGCCUGGAUGAACAUGGGAGGGAUAGAACAUAUCAAGGGCAACUACAUCACAGCGCGGGGCUAUUACGAGAAAGCUUUACAGCUGGUCCCAAGUAGUAAGCUGCUGAAAGAGAAUUUGGCUAAACUGGACCGCAUAGAGAAACGGCUGCAGGAGGUUAAAGAGAGAGGAUAA